AUGCUCUCACGUGUUGCUGCUGUCAUGGCGCCCCGCACACACAACCGUCGCCGCGUGACCGGAUCCAGCGGAAGGAGGAGGGAAGGAGGAGAGAGUGAGCCGCAGAGGCUCAACAUGUCCCGGCGUGUUUUUACUUCCGCGGUGCUGCUCCUCCUCGUCGUGAUGAUGUGCUUCGGCACUGGUGAAGCUGCUACCGCCGGGGGCGGUAAGUCAAGUAUUGCCAUUAAUCCAUUUACAGGGGACGAAAAGGAUAGAUGCCACUUGGCAGGGACGUUGGGGAUCCCAAUACCGAAAGUGCUUCGCUUCCGCGUUCCCAAGCCUUGGUUGAGG